AUGGAGGACCUGCUGGCCAGCCCUCAGCUCAUGGAGACGGCUGCUGAAGACUCAGCGGCAGGCUACAGCCUCCCUGCCCACACCACCCCUGAAUCAUGGCACCUCCCAGGCAUCCUCCACCGGAAAAAGCUGGAGCUAUUCAUCCUCUCCGCCAACCCAAGCAGCCUUUGCAGUCCGCACGCAGUGGCCAUGAAGAGCAUGCUGCUCCCCAUCCUGGCUCUUUGGGUGGGGUGCUGCCCUGGAGAGGCCCUGGCCAAGAAGGGGCUGAACCUGAGAGAGCCCAUGACCCCACCAACCCCCAUGGGCUUACCCACCCUGCAGCUGCCGCUGCCCAGCCGGCCUAGGCCCCCUGAUGACCUGGGCACCAUGGAGCAGGCCAUGCCCUCCCUGCCAGCCUCAUGCCUCUUGGCCCAGGCGGCCAUUGCGUGCAGCAACGUCAAGAUGAAACACGUCCCUGUCCUGACUGACCCUGGUCUGACCACGUUCUACUUGGCAGAGAACGAAAUUGCCAGGAUCUCGGCCCACACAUUCCUGGGUCUGCCCAACCUGGAGUGGCUGGACCUGAGCAAGAACAAGCUGGAUGCCCGAGGCCUGCACCCCAAUGCCUUCAAGAAUCUGACACGGCUAAAGCGGCUGAACCUGGAUGGGAACUCACUUUCCACAGUGCCAGCCUUGCCCGCCUCUCUGCAGGAGCUCAAACUCAACGACAACCUCCUGCAAGGCCUGCAGCACAGCAGCUUUCGGGGGCUCAGCCAGCUGCUGACGCUGGAGGUGGAAGGGAACAAGCUACAUGACGGGAACAUCUCCCCGCUGGCCUUCCAGCCUCUACGCAGCCUGCUCUACCUGAGGCUCGACCGGAACCAGCUGCGGACCAUCCCACCUGGCCUGCCAGCCUCCCUGCAACUGGGGGCCAUCAGCUCACCCCGCACCUGUGUGCCCCACAGGAAGCUGGAGACCCUUGACCUGUCUCACAACCGGCUGGUGCACGUGCCCUCCUUUCUGCCACGGGGCCUCCGGCGCCUGACGCUGCACCACAACCACAUUGAGCGCAUCCCUGGCUACGUGUUCGCGCACAUGAAGCCAGGCCUAGAGUUUCUGCACCUGUCCCACAACAGCCUGCGUGCCGAUGGCAUCCACAGCGUGUCCUUCCUAGGCCUGCAUGCCUCCCUGGCCGAGCUGCUGUUGGAUCACAAUGAGCUGCAGGCCAUCCCACGGGGCCUCCUGGGCCUCAGAGGGCUGCAGGUGCUGCGCCUGAGCCACAACAAGAUCAGACAUGUGCCCCUGAAUUCCAUCUGUGACACGCGAGUGGCCCGGGACUCCAAACUCAUCUCCACGCACUUGGAGAACAACCUCAUCGACAGGCGCCGCAUCCCACCCACGGCCUUCUCCUGCAUCCGGGCCUACCACAGUGUGGUCCUCCAGCCCCAGCAGGGGGAGGAGGAGGGCUCCUAG